CGCAUGCUGAGAUCGAGAGAGAGGGAGUUCAGCAUCGUUCACUCCGGACCCGCGGAAGAUGAGCAGCCCGGCGGCGCGCCGUCGUCGCGGGUGAGAGAGAGCGCGCCUACCGGACCGCCGCUUUUUUUGUCUUCCGCCUCCCGAGCAUGUCGUCCCCGUCGCCGGUGCAGAUAAGAGAGGCGAACGCGCACCUGGCGGCGCUCCACAGGCGGGUCGCGGACCUGGAGCAGAGGCUGGGGACGCGGAGAAGACCGUGCGGGGAGCAGGCGGAGAGCCUCAUCCGCAAAGACGAGCAGCUGAGAGCCACCGCGCAGGAAAUCACGGAGGCCAAGGACAAAGAGAUUUUCUUCCUCCACGAGAAGCUCUGUCAAUCAGAGGAAUCCAUCCAUAAACUCAACCAAACAAUUAAGGAGAAAGACUCUCUAAUCGGACAGCUCCAACACCGAUGUCAGCUGCUGGACAACAUUUGCAAAAGCCGUCCGUUGUUGGACAGCAUGCUGGCUCAGAUGGCCGAGGCGGAGAGGAUGGGGCCCGUCGGUGACUUGGGGAAGCCCACGACCAACAGCUCUCUCAUGGACGGAGAAUCCAGCCCCAGCCGUCUGUCCAACCACAAAGACUUCUCCCUCAGCGAGGACGACUCCGACGAUCAGGAAUUAGACGGGGUUGUGUUUGGGACCACCGUAUGAGAGUCUCAGUUCAACUGCUCCACAUCUCAGGUUCAGCAGCCUGCGUGUUCCCGGCGGUCACCGUUGGUUCAGCGUCUGGUAGAACAUCUUGUUGUAUCAUAACACGGGUUAGCGGAGCGCGAAUGGGAUGCUGCUGUAAAGAGCAAACGCCUGGUCAUUCGUGCAAGUAUGCCACAUGUCUUUUAGGUUUAUCCCUCAGACUGCGUCGUUUCUCGGUAGUGAAUUAAUAAUUUUUUAAAAAUAUAUUUACCGUAUGGAUUUAUCGUGUUACAUGAAUAUUAGAGAAGAAUGUUUUUUUUCUUUUUAACAUUUGCAUUGGAAUUAACCGUUACAUGGAGUCCACCUGCAAUUUUAUUUGUUACCAUAAAAAGAGCGUCUGGGGAAAUGUCUCGGAGAUGUGAUGUACUGUUUUGUCGGAGUCUCUCAGUGAGCAAUUUCAGCGGUUCUAAUGACGGAUUUAGAUGAUUUAGACCCGGUGCUAUCCACUGUAUGCCAUGUGCUGCUGUCAAAUAGGUUUAUAUCAUAAGUUUGACCCUUGGUCUCAAACCCCCGUAUUAAAAUGCAACAUAAUACACUACUUGCUUAUACUGGAAGGUUCAAAUGGUUCUAAACCUGUAUAACUUUCACAUAGUUUAAUUUUAAGAGUCCAUUGGACGAGAGACUUUUUUGGUUCUACAGAGGAUAUAAUGUGAAUUUAAAUGGUUACGUUUUUCUUUCAGAUAAGUCGGUGCCUAAACAAUUUCAGAGCUGCUUGUGUUACCUAAUUAUCAUCAGGCUUUUUCCUCAGAAAUACGAAUAUACAGCAGAUCAUGCAAACCCUACCGUUAAAUAUUUUAUUUUGAUAUUUGCUUUUAUAUUAGUUCAAAUUUUUUUGACAUUUUGGGAUGGAUGAGCUAUCCCUUUAACUGUGCAUUUCUUAUUAAAUGUUAUUUAUGUAUAUACAACUUCUUGUGGACGCAUUUUUACUAAAUAAAUGUAAUGCAUUAGGUAUUAAAACCCUUUUUUUUUUUUAAUGAUGUUUAUAAAUAUUCCUAAUAACGGAGUAACCCACGAGACCACCAUUGUGCGGCUGUGCUCCAGGCUGCUGCUCGUGACGCGCGCUGUAAUUAAAGGUGCAUGCAUGUAAUUAAAUGAUCUAUGCAGCGAAGUUGUUCUCUGAGAGCCUCCCUCAAAAAAAAGGUUCGCUCCUAAAAUAGAGCAUUACCAGAUAAACCGAGCGAGCUAAAGCUGUUGCGUCGACAGGCUCGUGGUUGAGAAAUCAGAAAAAACUUUUUUGUUGUUGUUGUUGAAUAUCUUCUAUAGCCGUUUCCUGGGUUGAAUGAAUUAUGUACACAUAGAACAGCUGUUAUUUCGGUUCUAAUGUGAUGCCGAUGCAUAUAGAUAUGGUAUAGGCCUUUCGUUUUAUUUAAUUCGGCCUAGCUAAAUCAAGUCUAUGCAAGCCUGUCAUAUUCUGCCAUGUUGCCAGAU